CCUCCCCGCCGCCCGCCCAGCCGGGCCUGCGCCCGCCGCCCCCGGGCAGUGCGGGGGGUCCCUCGCGGGCCCCGGCCUCCGCUGUGACACAGGAGGAUUUUGAAAGUCUUCAGUUUAAGAAAUUUCAAGUCUGCACAUUGUAGAGAUACCUGAUACAUCUGUAACAACAGUAAAGGUAUUGAGGCUUCAGCCAUCCCACACUUGUUGUCUGCAGUCUGUCUGAUAUUCUGCACUGAACAGUGUAUGUGUAGGUUGUGUACAGAAGCGAGAUGGCUUCUGCAUACGCUGCAUUUUUAUACAGGAAAUAGAAUAAUGCUAAUGAAGCAACAGUUUCCCUGAAGUUCAAGUUUUCAGACUCACUGCCAUUAUGGAUGAGCAGCAAGCUUUGAAUUCAAUCAUGCAGGAUUUGGCUGUGCUUCAUAAGGCCAGUCGUCCUGUAUUGCCCCAGCAAGAAACAGGAAAACCAAAGUCAUCUUCACCUAAAAAACAGAAUGAUGUCAGAGUCAAAUUUGAACAUCGAGGUGAAAAAAGGAUCCUGCAAUUACCACGGCCUGUUAAACUUGAAGAUCUUGCAGCUAAAGCUAAAGUUGCCUUUGGACAGACUAUGGAUUUACAUUACAGCAAUAAUGAGCUUGUAAUUCCAUUAACCACACAGGAUGACCUGGACAAAGCUGUUGAACUGCUUGACCGUAGCGUUCAUAUGAAGAGUCUCAAGAUAUUGCUUGUAAUACAUGGAAAUACACAGUCACCCAGUGUAAAUAAUGUCGAACCCUUGCCCUCACUGGAAGAUUUAGACAAUACAGUGUUUGUGACAGACAGAAAAAGGCGAUUGUCUGUAAUAGUUUCUAAUACUCGUGACAGAAGUUCACCUCCCCCAGGAUACAUUCCAGAUGAGCUGCAUCAGGUGGCCCGAAAUGGGUCCUUCACCAGUAUCAACAGUGAGGGUGAAUUCAUUCCAGAAAGCAUGGAUCAGAUGCUGGAUCCACUGUCUUUGAGCAGUCCUGAAAACUCUGGCUCGGGAAGCUGUCCCUCACUUGACAGCCCUUUAGAUGGAGACAACUAUCCCAAAUCUCGGAUGCCAAGAGCCCAGAGCUAUCCAGAUAAUCAUCAGGAGUUCUCAGUAGAGUAUGAUAUUCCAAUAUUUGAGAAAUUUGGAAAGGGGGGAACUUAUCCCCGAAGAUACCAUAUUUCAUAUAAUCAGCAAGACUACAAUGAUGGUCGUAAAACUUUUCCAAGAGCCAGAAGGACUCAGGGGAAUAGCUUCCGAUCACCAGUUAGUUUCAGUCCCACUGAUCACUCACUGAGCACCAGUAGCGGAAGCAGCGUCUUUACACCAGAAUAUGAAGAUAAUCGAAUGAGGAGGAGAGGAAGUGAUAUAGACAAUCCUACCUUGUCAGUAAUGGACAUCAGCCCGCCCAGUCGCUCACCACGAGCUCCAACUAAUUGGAGACUUGGUAAGCUGCUGGGUCAAGGUGCAUUUGGCAGAGUAUAUCUGUGUUAUGAUGCUGAUACCGGAAGAGAACUGGCUGUUAAGCAAGUUCAGUUUGAUCCUGACAGUCCAGAAACCAGCAAGGAAGUAAAUGCACUUGAAUGUGAAAUUCAGUUGCUGAAAAAUCUGCUGCAUGAAAGAAUUGUUCAGUAUUAUGGCUUCUUGAGAGAUCCACCAGAAAGAACACUCUCUAUAUUCAUGGAAUAUAUGCCUGGGGGUUCCAUUAAAGACCAACUGAAAUCAUAUGGAGCACUCACAGAGAAUGUGACUCGUAAAUAUACGCGGCAGAUUUUGGAAGGAGUUCACUAUUUGCACAGUAAUAUGAUUGUCCAUCGGGAUAUUAAAGGAGCAAAUAUUCUGCGAGAUUCAGCAGGCAAUGUGAAGCUCGGUGACUUUGGUGCCAGCAAACGACUGCAGACUAUCUGUCUCUCUGGCACAGGAAUGAAGUCUGUCACAGGAACUCCAUACUGGAUGAGUCCAGAAGUUAUUAGUGGAGAAGGGUACGGCAGAAAAGCAGACAUCUGGAGCGUAGGUUGUACAGUGGUAGAAAUGCUAACGGAGAAGCCACCAUGGGCAGAGUUUGAAGCAAUGGCUGCCAUCUUUAAAAUUGCCACUCAGCCCACCAACCCCCAGCUACCACCUCAUGUCUCCGACCAUGCUCGGGAUUUCCUGAAACGGAUUUUUAUCGAGGCCAAGCUGCGACCAUUUGCAGAUGAACUGCUAAGACACACGUUUGCACACUAUCACUAACAGCCUGCCUCAACUCGGCUUGCAUCUACUGCGUUUAUUUUCUAUUUGACUGCACUUUUAUUUUUUACAAAAAAAAAGGAGAAAAAAAGACAAGAGAGAAUUUUUCUCUUGAAACUUUGUUUCACUUAGAUUGUAAAUAAUCUAAAUUUUGUAUCUAAGAUGAGAAUCUUCUCUCCCCAGCUCCCACCAGGACUAGAACUUUUAGUUCCUAUGAUGUACUGAUGUGGUUCAUGUAGAUAAAGCACUUUAGUACAUAUUUGUUCCUUAUUUAACGAGGAAAAAAAAGAAGACAAAUGCUUGGACAGUCAGGAACUGUGUGACUUUUUCUGACACCACUGACUGACUCAGGGUGCAGGGAAAAACAGACAUGCAGCUAAAGGACAGAAGGUUACUUCUCUGUGAUUCUUCUUUACAUUGUAGGUACUUUUGUGGCAGAGAGUUCUAAGUUCUUAUAUUUUAGCAGUUUAAUCAGUUUCUGGAUUUUACAAUUUAAGUUGGAACGUGCAGUUCUGAGAGUUAAUGAUAAAGCUAGAACUUGGAACUCUUUGUACACCAGUGUGUCUAAUCGGUACUUCUAUGUGACCAAAAGAAAAUAACAAAAAAGAACUCAACACUGAUGUACUAGUUUGAGGUUUCGGUGUAGAACUAUUGCAUUUUCUUAUUAGGAAAAUAACUACAGGCAAACAGAUUAUAGAACCAGACUCCUCAGAACUACUAUACUGCAAGGGGGAAAUUUCCAUAAUAGACAAGGGUCAGCUGUUGGAUGUAAAUAAUUAGGAGAAUGCCUCCUGCUGUAUCUGCCAAAGAGAACCUCUGUUGCAUAAGCUUGGAGGGCAACGGUUAUCUUAGGUAAGGAAUAACAUUGAUGUUGAGAAUCAGUUCUCCUCCACAGUCCCAUGAAUAGCUGGAGGGGGAGUGACUAAUCCUUGUGCAGUAUAUGAGUUACUUGAGUCAGAAUGAGCUAUAAGAAAUGUUUUCAAAGCUGUUGAGAGGCACUAGGAUGGAAUGUAUGUCAACAUCAAGUGCCUGAAUAAUACAAAAUUCUCCCCAUUAUGCACUAAAAAACCUGUUCUAGUAACACAGUUCAGUCAUCUGGGAUGUGUUGAAAAUUCCUGAAAUAAUUAAACAUCUUUAAUGCCAGGAAGAAAUCACUGAGAAAGGCAACACUCCAUUUACAUUUUUAAUAAGGUCGUGAUGUUGAAUCCACAUAAAUAAGGAGGCAGAGCACAAAAGACUGUAUGAAGAAUAAUCCAAAUGUGCAAAGAGGGCCAGCAGCUAAAUAACAUAUGUGAUUACUCCAGCCUGAUAAUCCAGAUGAUUGGUGUUUGUCGGAUUUCCAGCUGUCAUAAAACAUACGUUAAUCACUUUUUCCAUUGCUGAAAGAGUAUAAUAAAAGAACAAAAGGAAAACUCUGAAAUACUUCUUCUCAGUUGAGAAGUCCAGGUACUGAUCAGGUGUAGAAUGACUGACUUUUCAUAACAGAGAAGUCGAACUCCCAUAGCUUUGUAGAAGAACACAACACAAAUAAUUUAAAGGGUAUUUGGAAAUAAACUGUUGGACUACAGAACUGAAAUACUGUAUACUGUUUUGAAUGAUUCAUUACUUGCUUUUGUUGUUUAGUGAAGGCAGAGCAGGUUGGUACUGUGAACCGUAUCCAUGUUGACAAGGUUCUACCUGUUUUGUAUCUUUAGAGGACUAUCGGAAUUAUGAAGUGCAUGGAGACAGAAGAAGCAGCUUACCCAUUCCCAUGGUAGCUCACUCAUGAGAUUUCCACAUUUAUGCUGCUAACUUCCAAAUUUUUUAUCGGAGCAUAAGCAGGAGUAUGGCUUUAUCCUAAUCACUUUUACCUGCAGUGGAGCAAGAAUGACUUCUUUUGAGUCUGUCAUCUCUCCUGUGACUGAGGGCAGUGGCUUCUUUGGUUUAUAUGAGUAUUUUGCCCAGCACUUAGAAUUUUCUCAGUCAAGGUACACAACUGUGCAAGGUUUUCUGAGCAUGGGAAGAACUAGCCAAGCCAGGGAAGGUUUAGAAGACUGAAAGAAAAAAAGAAAGUCAGUUUGUACUGACAUUUUUUUAGUCACUUCUCUGUCACUAGAUCAAAACUAUGGAAGCAGCUUUUGAGAACUGAUAUGUACUCUGCUGUAAAGGACUUUUGCUUUAUAAGCAAAAUUUAGUGACAGCAGGGAUGUAGAGCAUAAUAGUUUAUGUAGGUAAUUUAAAUAUCAUAUCAUCAAAAUGAUUGGUUUCAAACAGAUAAAGAAGGUACCAAAACCAAGAUGAAAAAUGUAUAUAAAAAUCAGUAUUGGACAGUGAUACCUGAAAAGGUAAGGAAAUUUUCUAUUACCAAAAAGGACAUUAAAGGGAAAAUGUAACCAGGUUUAUCUGUAGCAUUCAUAACAUUUAAAUAUACUAUUCUAAAAUGAAACUGCACUCUCUGAAGCUUGACAGUUUUCAGAAUCUAGUUUUCUUAUAAUGUGUCCUUUUUGUGAGGCAGUGCUGGCUCAUGUAUAUUGCAAUAUCACUUUCUUGUUGGGAUUUUUUAAUUACUGAAUAAUCAAGUUUGCUGCUUUUGUGCCUUUUUGAAAAAAAUGGCAUUCAGUCAUGACAACGGUAAGCAUUUUGGAGCCAGGAAAAAGGGAAUUGCCCGAAGGCAUUUUCCUUCAUUUCUUUGCUGCAUCAGAAAGCUGCCAACAUAGAAUGCUUCUUAAAUGAAGAUGCUAUUUGCCAGUUAAAGUGAUUCUAGUAAAAUUUUAUUAAUUUAACCAAGAUUAGGCUUGAGCUGUUGUUUUUUUCACGCUAUGGAGACUUUGUCUGCUUGUUAAGCAACUUACAGUAUAUUAGAUAGAUAUUAACAUAAAUAUUUUGAGCUAGAAAUAAUUACGAAGCUAAAUCAGACUUUUAGCAAAAGGCUAGCCUAGUAUGCAUCCCUUACUGCGGUAAUGCGGUAAAACAAUCUGUAGUACCUCUGUAUACAAUGUCUGUAGAACACUUACGUUGGCUACUGAUAAUGAACAAACGCUAGUUCUAGAGCCUGAGAGAACUUGAGAGGGUGCAUGGAACUCCAUAUUUAAACUUCCAGUUUAAAUCCCUGCUUGCACCUUCUUGUAUUUUACUAACAAAGAUACCAGCAUUUUAGAAUCAUGAAUUAUUCUUAAUGUUGGAUCCAAUGACUCGAAAAUGCCAGUGAAAACAAUCCCAUUGCAGGGUGUUUUGCUUUCCUGUAAGUGCCACGAUGAAGCGGUUCUUUCAGUCAAGAAGGACCGAGGUUCCCAGUGAGUAUGCGUAUCUUCAACACUUACUUAUUGGCCAAAGAAUUUUAUUAUUCUGUCUGUUGCAUGUAUUAAGUAACAACAGUUGAACUGCUUCUUAAUGGUGUGACUAACAGACCUGUUAAAGUGCAACUGAAAAUUUCAGUUGUGUUAGAGCAAGUUGUGUAUUUUUAAUCUGCGUGAUAGAAAUAUCCGUGUGGGGACAUAAAAAGGUAUGGAUCCAGUAACUGCAAAGGUAAAUUGGCCUAGGCUUUUUUUCCUUGUCAGUUUUAGUCUUAAAAUUUGGAGUUACAAUUUGAUUUGUAGCUAAACAGUCCUUUCAGUGUAACAACACAAAAAUGUCUUUGUUGUUUUUUCUUUUUUUAGCUAGUGCCUUUUUAUUUGUAUGCCUUAAUUUUGUUCAUAUUUGAACACCGUGUUGAAAUAUGUCAUACAAUUCCGUGUCACCAAAGAGUCUUAGAAUAUGGGCACUUUUUCGCAAAGUACCCAAACCAGAAUUUGCCUGACUACGUUGAAAAGUGUGCUUUAGUUAGAACCUGCGGCACACGUUUACAUUCAGAACUUUAAAAAGUGAUUUUUUGAGCACUUCCUGAGGGCUUCCUGUGCUAAUACAGGUUUUGUAUUUGUGGUUUGGAGAUUGUACACUGAUGCACAUAUCAGAAAAGGGACUUUUCUGUACUCACAGAAAUACUGUUAGAGCCAAGAUUUAGCUUCCUAGCUCUGGGUACUAGACUCUGGGUUUACUUUAGAGAUUGCAGCAGCAUUCAUAACAGACUUGGAGUUAUAGUUGGUACAUUUGUAAACGUGGUACUGAAUUAAAAGCUGUUUACUUUCAACACACAAGAUACAAUGUGUCUAGCAAAUCAGCAGAUUUCUCAGUGAGGCUACCACCAUGCCCAUGACAUUCUUUCCUGUGCCUUUUGGGUAAAUCUAACCUGCCGUUGUCUUGACUGAAAACUUUGUAGCAGCUGUAGGUACAGUGCAGAACAGCAAGCCAUUCUUUGGGACAACACAGAGCAAUGUCUAACCACAGCUUGAGCAAAUUGGUCAGAUCUACAGUUAUUUAUAACUGAUUUCUUACUUUUUUAAUCUUGAAAGUCUUUGUCACGCAUAUAGAAGAGCAUAAUGUGUGUGCUUGAAUGUAAGUCCCUAUGGUGUUUCUGGAAAAGCAGAAGUAUUACUGCCAGUAUCAUUUCUUCUUGCUGGUAACUUGCCGUCUUGUGUCAAUAGCAAGUCUGCAGUGUAAAAUCACAUACAAUUACCAAAGCUUUUCUAUCCCCGUAUACAUAUAGCCAGAAGUGAUGUUUCAUGAAUUAGUACUGUUACUUAGAGAUAUAUGUAUAUCCAUCAGAAAGCUACUGCUGAUUAAAGCAAGGUACUAGUAAAAAGUGAUAGACACUGCCCAUAUUUAAGAGAUUUGGGUGUUUGUAGUCACUGUUUUGAUGUGCAAAAUUCAUGCCAGCAUUAAAAUGAAGAGUUUUCUUUUUAAAACUCUUAGUCUUGUAAUUUUAAAAUUAGUGCAUAAGCUUGGUGACUAGACCUGGUGACUUUUGCAGCCGGGUCUGAGCUUUGAGAGAUUCAAGGCACACCACAAAGAUAAGCAGAUUUGUGACCCGAGCUGCUCCAUGUACUAUAGUGAGAACAUUUCAGAGCUACUGGGGAGCAGUCUGUUUGACCUUAUGGCAACAUGUCACCCACAGCUACCUGGGUGUCAAUGCUGCCUUCAGGAGGAGCCACAAAUGCACACCAGUGGGGGCAGGCAGAAAUGCCACCAACCCAGGGUUUCUGAAUCAAAGUCCUCAAUCAGAACCAAAGGAGCUCCUUUCUCUCUUUAUUCCCCCCACUUGGUUUGCAUGGGUUUUCUCUCUAGUUGGCGUAACUUCGGUACUGCAUAGGUGGUGGCCACCCACAGCUCCUGAAUAAGGUGCGAGUUCAUGCACAGCUUUAUACCAGGGCCCUGUCACUUGAAUCCAGGUUGCUGCAGCUUCCUGCUUGCUGGAGUAACCCUUGAGUUUUCCCUGGCAAUAUACAUAUGUGUGCUUGAGGGGUCAAUGGGGUGGAGUAAAUGAGCUUCCUCACGUGUCAGGGCACCGAUGCUAGCAGGCACGCUUCGUCUAGGUCUUAGUUUUUAUAAAUUUAUUUUAAAGGGAGAGGAACUGGAUAAAAACAAAUUAAAAUUUUAUCUUACAGUUCAGCCCUUAAAUUUAGGCCACCGAUGAGGAUUGGAGGUCAGGGUCUUCUGGAGAGAGAGAGAAGGAAAAGGAUACUCUUGACUCCAGAGUGCAUAGUCAUAGGAAAUAUUUCAGAGGUUUUUCAUGUCUUUCUGCCCAAAACUAGAUUAUCCUUUUUCCCAGAGGUUAUAUAAUGUGGAUUUAAAACCAAGGAUUGCAUUUUGUUUUCCGAACAGGCAUAAGAUUGUCAGUUCCGUAGUGUUUGUUUCUCAUUAAUAUCAGUAAAAAAGGUGGUGUGCUCCUAAAAUUGGAACAGUUUAUUAAAGCCUAGUGUCUGUCAUCUCAGGCCUCGCAGAAGUCAUGUAAUGGAGUAUCACUGUAAAUACAUGGAGGAGACUUAGAUGAAUUGGAACGUAGGCUUUUAGUUUUCAUGAAGCUAUGAAUAAAAAUUUGUAAAUUUUCUCUUGAUCUAAUGUACAUUUUAAUGUAGCCAUUAAAUUCUCUAUUUAAUCUA